AUGGAUCUUUCAGUCUACCGACAUGCGGUGGAUCUAUGGACUAAGGCGGAUUUAAGCAGUUUACAGAGCCAAUUAGACAAAGAUAUAAUCGAGAUAAAGGAGAGAGAGACUCAAUUCUUGGAAUCGAGAAAGGCACUAGCAUCUGAGACUAAAGUAUUCAAGAAACUGCCCUCAGAUGAAAAAUUGGCAAAUAUCAACAAGAUCAUUAAACACUAUCAGCAAGAGAUCGACAACCUUACAAAGAGAUCGAAAAGCUCUGAAGUUGUAUUACUGGAUGUGUAUGGUAAGAUAUGCGAAGCUCCUGAUCCGACCCCCUUGAUGAUCCACUCAGUGGAUAAACUGAGCAAGAUAGAUGACUCCAGUGCACUUAAGCAGCAAGUGGAAAACUUGGAGGACAAGCUAGCCAAGUAUGCUGAUUAUGAUAACUUGAAAGCCAGACUUCUUGACUUGGAGCAAAACGCGGCUGUUACUUUGGCGAGAAGAUUGACGGCUAAAGAGCAAGAAAUGAGCUCAACAUGGGGAGAGAAGCAAAGGAACUGGGAUGAAAGGGAGGCAAAGCUCCUUAAGCAGGUUGAAAAUCUGGAGAAGCGCCUUUAUGAAGGGGCUGUGGUAGAAAAGGAAACUGAUGAGGGUCUAUCUCACGAUGUGACGGCACGAAACCUUCUCGAACAGGAACUGGAAUCUGCACAGUCUAGAGUUUUCCAACUGGAGCGAAGGAAUGAGGAAUUAAACGGCGCCCUAGCGAAAGCUACAAGUACCGCUGAGCAAGAAUCGCAAUUGCAAGCUAGGGAAAACAAGAUAAGGCAGUUGGAGAGCGAAAAUGCCCUACUGAGUGCUUCGUCAGAACGUGAGCAUCAGCAGCUCAAGAAAAUAGAGAAAGAGCUGACCGAGAAGAUUAGUAAUUUGCAGGCGGAAGUGAAUUCCUAUAAGUCAGAAGUAAAUUCUACCAGGAUGAAACUAGAGAAUUAUUCGGACUAUGUUCAAAUCAAAGAGGAGUUAUCAGCUUUGAAGAGGAUAGAAUUCGGGACUGACACAAAUGAUGAGGAGAACGUUGCCGGGCAAAGCAGUGUGGAAUCCGGCAUCAUAUCUGCGAAUAAGAGAUUACAAGGGGCACUUGCUGAUUUACGAAGUAAAUUCGGCGAUUGUGAAGAGGAGAACAAUAAGCUGAAAGCUCAAAUAUCUGAGCUACAAAAUAAGCUUACGGAGUCGGAAAUUCUGAACCGUAAACUGGAGGCUGAUCUUGAUAAGAUCGAAGAAGUCGAUCAAAAAUUUAAUGACACGGCAAGUAUGAUGUCAGGCGUCACAAGACAGAUGAACAAUCGAUGGGGUAAGUUAUCACCGACUAGCUCGAUUGUUGGCAUACCUGAGGAGUCAGAGACUGCUGCUACUUUCGGCAACAAUACUAUUCUGCCAAUCAUAACCAAGCAACGUGAUAGAUUACGCAACAGAAAUACCGAGCUAGAGAAGCAGAUGAGACAGCUCAACAACGAUAAAAAUAAGCUCAAGGGUGAGCUGACUAAAUUACAAGCUGAUAACGCCAAACUGUACGAGCGGAUGCGCUACUUAUCGAGGUCUAGUGGGAACACCGGAGACGCAGCGAUCGCUAACAUCGACGCUGAAGCUCAAUACUCGCAGAUAUUCGAGGACUCCAUAAAUCCAUUGACAAACUUGAAGAAGAAAGAGAUGGAGUACUACAGGAGGAACAAACUAUCGAUAUGGGAAAAAAUGUUUCUGAGCUUUGCGCGAAUUGUACUUGCAAACAAGACGACGAGAGUACUAUUUCUAUUCUACUGUUUCGGCAUUCACGGCCUAAUCUUCAUGAUGAGCAUAUACGUUAUCAAUCUCAGCGGGUACAUGACGCCCGAGGUCGGCAUUGUUCAAUCAUCCGCAAGCAGAGCCUCGAAGAUCGCAGCGAAUCAAGAUAUGUAA